AUGAGCCCCGACCCCUUCUACCAAGUGCUCCAGGACACCCAGGAGCAGGUCUCGCAGCUGCUCCAAGCGCGCAGCGGCAGCGUCGCGCCCGCAGAGCGGCAGGAGCUGCUCGCAGAGGUCGACGAGGCCGUCCGUGACCUCGACGCCAGCGUCGCCGUGCUUGAGCGCGACGCCGCGGCGCCCGCCGAGGUCGCUGCGCGCCGCGAGCGCCUCGCUGCGCUGCGCCACGAGCUCGCCCGCGCCCGCGCGCCCUCGCCGCCGCCCUCGCCGCCGUCCAAUGCCCUGCAGGAGCAGCUGCUGCGCGAGCAGGACUCCCACCUUGACUCCAUCCACCAAACCAUGCAGACGCUGCACCUGCAGGCCUCCUCUAUGGGAGACGAGCUCCAGGACCAGAGCGUGCUGCUGCGCGACCUCGAGGGCGGCAUGGACUCCGUCGCCGCCCGCCUCGCCCGCGGCCGCCGCCGCCUGCAGUGGAUCUACGAGCAGAACAGCGACCGCUACAACGACUGCUGCAUCGGCCUGCUCAUAGCCGCGCUGGCUGUGCUGCUGUUGCUGGCCUUCGCGCUCUAG